UGACGCCCGGAUAAUUAAGCUACAGUAAUUCCCUGCUAAUGAUGCCACGUCACCAGGGUUACUGUUGUUAACCUCACGUUAGUUCAAAAACGGAUUCAAAAUUCUAAUUCAAAAUAUGGCAAACCACAAAAGUUUUCGAACAUCAAAACUAAAUUGUUCGGGUUGUGUCAAAUAAUGCAUAAGUAAUUAUGAUGGAGGACCACGUUUUUAUAAAGUGUUUAAAUGCUCUAAUAUAAAUAAAAUAGGAUCAAUCAAAAUGAUUUAAAUGCCAUUACUAAUUAAUAAAGUAUCAAACUAAAUUAUAUGGGGACUAGACUUUUGGUGGCAGUGCAGCUUAUUGCAUAGUAUUUAUAUGUCAAGGCUCCACUUUUUACAAAAGUCAUUUGGUUCAAGUCUUAAAUGGAAAACAGAAGGUAAUUAAAAGAAACAAAAAAAGAAAAAGGCAAAACAGAAAAUAAAACAAGAGAAAAGGAAAACCCCCUCCCCUGGGCCAAGGCCCAGCUGGCCAGGCCAGGCCAGCCCACUCCCCACGUCGCCUCCUCCUCUGUUCUGUUCACAGAGGGGGUCGUGGGCAGAGCCGAUGCCCGCCACGGCACCGGCCGACGUCGUGGCGGCCAUCCGGCCGGCGACCCCGGCCUACAAGACCCCGGUGCCCCUCCCUCUGACCCUAGCCCCCGACCCCCCUCGCUCGCGCUCUCCCCACAGCCUCUCGCUCACCCCUCCCCCUCUCUCUGUUUUGACGGCCGGGCGGGACGUCACCACGCCGUCGUCAAGCCCGCGGCCACCGGCCACCGCUCACCGCACCGACGAGUUCAAGAGGAUCGCCAUCGUAGACCUCGUCCAUCCAGAGCAUCAAAUCAAGCGGAGCCGCACCGAUUUGCCGCCAUCGAUCUCGUCUUCGACAUCCUGCACCGACGGCCGCCGUCGUCGAUUCGCUCGACCCCGACCGUCCCCAGCCUCCCCGACCACGUCCCCGGCUCCUUGCUCCGCUGUUGUUGCUGAUUUGCUGAUGCUGCUGCCACUUCCCGCGCCGGCGUACGCCUCCGCCCGCCUGCGUGUGUGCCCCGUCGUAGCCAGGCCACGCCCACGCGCGGCUGCCGCCGCUUGUCACCAUGCAGCGCCGCGCCCCGCGCCCAGCUCGUAUGUAUGCCGCUGCUGCUCUACUGAAUCUACUAUUGCUACUACCUACUGUAGCUAUGACUAGUUAGCUUUUCUAUUUCUACACUGACUAGCCCUCUAAACAGCCCCUAAACUGUGGCUAAACACUGUUAACAGGAGCAAGAAUAAUAUUUCUAGGUAGUACACUUGUCAAAGCUCAAAUGUUUCCAUUGGACCAAAUCAAUUUGAUGCAUGGAUUAAUUCCUAUAAAAAUCACAAAAUGCUAUCUUUUCUAAAUAGAGAACAGAAUUAACCCCUAGCACUAUGUAUGCAUGUGUUGUGUGUACAGCGCGCGUGUGUGUAGUGCAUGUGUGGUGUGUGUGGCCAGUUGUCCCACAGCCGUGUGUGGCCGGUCAUGCUAGUUAGGAGUAGUUUAAUUAGUAGGAGUAGUAGUUAAUUAGUCUAAUAGUAGAUGACAUGUGGAUCCCCACUUCUAAAUUAACUAGUUAAAUAAACCUAUUAAAAUACUAGUCAAUGAAAGGUGGACCCCCUCUAAUUAUCCACUUAAACGAAAUUGUUGUAUAUGUGUCAAUGACGCCUGGGCCCGAUCUGUAGUUUUGACCAGUUAACAGUCAAAUAAUUGACUGUUGACUAGAGUGUUGACUGAGUCAACUGGACCCCUUGAUCCCACCUGUCAUCCACUGUGGCUAGCCCACGAUGGGUAUAGAAAGUAUAUCCUGUUUUAUUUUCGAAUUAUAAUAAAUUCAAAAUUAAAAAAAUCAUUUAAAGCUUUAAAAUUUAAUAUAAAGUAAACCGUACCUCAGAUGAAAAAACUUUGUACAUGAAAGUUGCUCAGAACGACGAGACGAUCCC